GGCGGUGCCGUUCGGGUGGGGUGGUGGUGAGUGCAACUUUGUAUUUGCGCACUUUCGUUGCGUUUUUAAUACUCAUUAAACCGGAACGAUAAUCUUAAACCCACAGCGCUCGAUCGCAUGAUGUCAAAACGCGCAAAGAAAACGCCGCAAUAUGAGUUUUAAAUCAGCACGGGUAGGUUUUCAUACUUUUGCACGCGUGCAUUGACGUUGCGAGGAAGUCAUGUUUUGGCGGAGGCGCACGGUUUUUCGGGCACGACGUCUAACUUAAAAGUACAGCGUUAAUGAGCUGUUCCAGUCUGUCCGGAUAUUUCGGAAUAUUCCGGUGGCUGGCUCGUAAACUCGCCUGUUCGCCAUAUUUGCGCGCAGCGAAACUCAAAAGAAAGUUGUCGAGAGACUUUCUGACGUUUGCUGUGCACAAAGCGACGGCGCGAGCUGCGUGUACUUUGAUCGUCACUGCGUGAGAGCUAAUCAUGGAAAGCUAUGAUCACCUUUGCUGAGGUCUGCAACACUAAAGAAGAUGAGACAAAAGGACGUCAAGCCUCAGAUUUGAAUUUUAGGAGGCUUUUGCAUGCUCCCCACUGUCUACGUUUUUCCUGUGGGAUUUAUAUUUCUUACCUAAUACCUCUAUUUGCACAAGAAGUUGUCACGCAGAGGCAGCGAUAUUAGUUUUGCGCUUGACAGCUUGGACCUUCUGACGAUGAGUGUUCCUCCUCAAGUGAAUGCAGAUAAGAGUGGCAAGCAAAGGGCUGCAGCCAUGAAAGAGCCCAUGCAGGCUUCAGUGGAGGGGUAUUAUGGUAUGGGACCUCCAGCGCUGGAGUUGAGCCACAAUGACAGCAGCUCUGGUGUGUACAACCAAGACAAGGGGCCCCAAGCUGUACCGCACUACCAUCAGGCUGCUCAAGUAAAGUGGACGCACCCAGACUCCAUGCAGGCCCCUAGUUGGACGCAGGAAGCUCCUUUGCCAGCCUGGGGGCAGAAUUUUGGAGCUUAUAUGGGCGGAGUGAACGUCAGGGGUCAGGUGGCUUUCCACAAAGGAGUACAUGAAGGUUUAGCAUUGCCAAUGGGUGGAGAAAAUCAGCUAGCAGCACCUGUAGAGAUGUACAGAGAGGCUGCACAGGCUCAAGGAAGGGGGCUGGAGUGGGAGCAGCACGCUGCGGCUGCAAUGCAUCAGGUUCAGGCCUACCAGCAAGGUCACAAAGGUGUAGAUCUUCAGGGUCAGCCCCAUGUUCCAGCUCACACGUUGGCGGGGUCAGUUCUGCAACCCUUCCACACAACAUUUAAGUCCAACAAGCAGCAGUUGCCACCUGCGUACUACCCUAUGUUUCACGGCAAUAAGGGAAUGGCCAACUUGGCCUAUAGCGAGCAGCCGAAAACGCAACACCAGCUGCUACACCAGAUGCAACAGCAGCAAAUGCAGCAGCAGAAGCAACAGCAGCAGUUGCACCAACAGCACCACCUUCAGCUGCAGCAGCAGCAACAACAGCAGCAUUUGCAACCGCAGCAGCAGCAGCACCAAAUCCAGCAGCAGCAGCAGAUCCAACAGCAGCAACUUCAGCAAAUGCAGCAGCAGUAUCACCAGCAGCAGCUGCAGGAGCGAAGACAACAAAUUCAACAAAUGCAGCAGCUGCAGCAGCAAACUGUACCUCAGCAGGAUAUGACGCAGCUACAGGUGCAGCCGAAACGGCAACAAACCCAGAACUUUAUUCCCUAUCAUGCCCCCAAGCCUUGUCUAGUUGAUGCUGCGUCCAAAAAGGUGGAUGUUCAGCCUGCGGAGCAGCAGCAGGGAGCAGAGGUCAAACACUGUGAUUCGUCAACUCUGCCUGAUCCAUGUCCUGAGAUGGGUACUGCAAAUCCUGUAGAGACUUCAGAUGGGCUCAAUGCUGCCCCUCGUCGAUCACGGCGCCUUUCCCGAGAUGGACAGUCCCCCCUGGCUCCCCCUUCGACAAGCAUCUGGUCUCAGGCGCCCAAGGAGCUGCCAGUAUCCCAGAAUGGAGUAGCAGGUACACAGACCAUCAGAGCCGGGGAAAGACAAGUGACAACUGGGGGCGUUAUCCAGAGCACCCGCAGGAGGAGGCGGACGUCUAAGGAGAUCAACUUGGAGACGUUGGCCCAGAAGGCGUCUGAAAUGGAGUCCUUGCCUUCCAAAGUUGUAAAGCAUGAGGACGGUGCUCCUGGCAAGAUGGCCAGCAUGGUGCCCCUUAUUAUCCCCGUGUCUGUGCCAGUGCACAGGAGCCACGCGGAUCCCGCGAAUGCCUGGACUCAGGGACGACUCUGUCAGGGCGAGCAGCCUGCAGUCCAGUCCGAUCGAAAACCUUCUGUCAUUGUGGCUCGGCGGCGAUCGCUCCGAAACUCCAUGAGCGAGAGUUUGACCCAGGACGGAGACAAUGACCCGGGGUUGGACGAGGAUGGAAAAUCCAAAUUAAAGCGCCGACCUCGACCCGAGCCCCUCAUCAUCCCUCCUCCCAAACCGACUACGUUCAUCCCUCCAUCCGUCUACUCCAGCAUCACAUCCUACCACAGCCACCUGCGCUCGCCAGUUCGGCUGCUGGACAACCCGCUCUCCCUGCCGCCGUACACACCUCCGCCCAUUCUAUCUCCUGUGCGGGAAGGCUCGGGACUCUAUUUUUCUGCCUUUCUGUCCAACAUCGCUGCAAGCACCCAAAGCGCCCCACUGCCACCAACACCCAAGUCCACAACACGCAGUCUCUUACGCUCCUCAAGUUCAGAAAUCACACCGCCUGUCCUGCCUUUGAUCGCUGAUGCCACACCCGUUAGUCUUGAACCGCGGAUCAACAUUGGGCAGCAGUACCAGGCAGACAUUCCAGAUUUACAAGAUCCAGCUUCCACCCAGUUUGACAGUCACAAAGCUGACUUGGUGUGGCUUCCUGAGGAUGACUCUACUCUCAAGCACAGCGAGCAAGGGAACAUGGUGGAUUUGAUGAACAUGGCGUGUUCCAGUGUGCUCAGUGGUGGCGGUACCAAUCAGGAGCUGGUUUUGCACUGCUUACAUGAAUGUGGAGGUGAUUUAAUUAGGACGCUGGGACGUUUGAUGCUUGAGGACACAGUUUUUCCCAGAGGUCAUCUCCUGGCGGAUUAUCACUACUCAGGGUCUGACAGCUGGACUGCAGAAGAAAAGUCUUAUUUCAACAAGGGGAUCUCAGCUUACAGGAAGGACUUCUUUAUGGUGCAGAAACUGGUGCAGACAAAGACUGUGGCUCAGUGUGUAGAAUUCUACUACACUUACAAGAAGCAGGUGAAGAUCGGUCGCAAUGGGAUUUUAACCUACGGCCCUCCAGAUUCACCGGUGGACAAGGUCACAGAGGCCGUGGUGGAUGUAAAGAGUUCCCAGCAGUCGAAGCCAACUCAAGUGGAGACGAACGAAGAGGACAAACCGGUCGUUUUCUGUGAACUCAACCGAGAAAGCAGCCAGCUGUCGAGGGCCGCUCAUUCACUGCAGGCUCACGACUAUGCUGGAACCGUGCUGGUACUCAAAGAGCCCGAUGAGGUGACUAAAGAGGCACCGCAGCAGUCUGCGCCUCACCGGCCGCGAUCCGAACCCGCACCAAAGAAGAGCAGAGCAGCAACAAAGCCCCCGCAGGACCCCGAGGGAAUCUUUCCCUGCAAGAAGUGCAGCAGGGUGUUUUAUAAAGUGAAAAGUCGAAGUGCCCACAUGAAGAGCCACGCUGAGCAGGAGAAAAAGGCCGCGGCCCUGCGUCAGAAAGCGGAGGAAGAGCAGGCGGCGGCUGAAGCUCGGGCCAGGUGGGCGGUGGAUUCUGCAUCAGUAGCAUCACAUCAGGGCGGGGACAUGGAACAGGCAGGAGGGGUCAGCAACCCGGAAGAUUCAUCGGAGGAAGAAGACUACAAUGAUGAGGACUGGCACUGAGGAGGCCUGAAGCAGAGGGAAAAAUAAAUGGGCGUUUUUCAGAGCCGACAGAUCCAACGAGAGGCGGAGUCAUGAAAAAGACGACAACGUGGCGCCUUUCACACUCCGCCCACGACUGUUAUCCAGCAGGCGUCGGCUUUUGACACAACAGUAUCUUUAAAACAUUCAGAAUGUGUUUUUGGUGUAAAUGCUCUUAUACUUUAUGCUUCUGCCAAAAUUACUUCUCUUAUAUCCCUUAUUUAAUUGAACACUUGGCAAAACAUUUGAGAUAAUCAGGAUGUCUAUUAAGCAAAUUUCCUUGAAGUGCUCGUCUCGCUGGCAGGUUCACACAUCAUGUAAGAGCUUGUACUUAAAGUGCUGAGUUUUGCAAAUUUCCUUCUACUUUUUAGGUGGGUUGUGCACUUUGUUUUUACAAAAAGGACAUUUAAAAUGAACAUGUUUAAAAAAAAGUAUAUAUCAAUUUGCCAUAUUUAUUACACUGCAUUUUGCAAUGAUUUUGAUAAUAUAAAAAUUUGCAAUAUCACAUGUGAAUGGAAAAGUUUAUUAAAAUUUCUACUUUUCUGAAA